UGCGAGCACUGAGCUGACUGGCGCCAUCCUGAAAGAAUGCCUUCACUGUAAAAAAACACAGAGCCAGAGAGAGAGAGAGAGAGAGCGAGAGAGAGCGCGAGAGAGGGAGGGAGAGAACUGCACUGCACCGGGACGGAGAGAGUUCAGAGUGACUGAGAGAGAGAGAGAGAGAGAGAGAGCGAGAGGGAGGGAGGGAAGUAUAGAGAGUGAGUAGGGGAGAGGGGUUGCCGCUCCUGCGCAUAAACAGAGAUUUGAUCUGCGAGUUAAAGUUCGGUGCAACUCGGUGUGCAGAGAAGGCAUCCAUACCCCGGCCGAGCGCGACUGUAAACACGCCGGCUACUUGUUGAGUCGCCUGAACAAUUCUGGAAGUUUGUAAAGUGGGAAAGUUGAGGAACUUAUAGCGGAACUGGAUAUGAACCUUGGACUUUCAUGACGACUAUCGGUAGCGGCGAUAUUUUUCUUAAAUGUACGUCAAAUCCCAACAUCCACGUUUAUUCAUUGCAUCGACUGGUGCGCCUUAAUAGAGCUUUUGAUAUUUCUCCUUAAUGUAAACAUACCAAGUGUGUGACAGAGGUCGACGGAUCGGACUGUAAAUGUUUGUGUUUUAUUAAAUUCCAGGUGAUCGAAGGUAUAUCGCCUAUCAACGGACACCUUUGGAUUUAACGAAGCAGGACUUUUUUGGGACAGAUAUAUUUUUUCUUUCCUUGUGUCGUUUCGGUUCUUUCCAGUGUGUAUGAACGUUUAUUAAAAAAAAGGCGAUGGAAGUAAGCGCGGACCAACCCCGCUGGAUGAGCCAUCAUCACCCGGCGGUAAUUAACGGGCAGCAUCCCGACUCUCACCACCCAGGCCUCGGCCACUCUUACGUGGACCCGUCGCAGUAUCCCCUCGCUGAAGAUGUGGAUGUACUGUUUAAUAUAGAUGGACAGCCCAAUCACGUUUCGUCGUACUACGGAAACUCGGUGCGGGCCGUGCAGAGGUAUCCACCACCGCCACACAGUAGUCAGGUAUGUCGCCCGUCCUUACUCCACGGCUCUCUGCCCUGGCUCGAUGGCAGCAAAGGCAUCGGGCCUCAUCACAGCUCUUCGCCGUGGAACUUGAGCCCUUUCCCCAAGACCUCACUGCACCACGGCUCCCCCGGGGGCCUGCCCGUCUACCCCCCAGCCUCAUCCUCCUCCCUGUCCGGUGGACACUCCAGUCCGCACCUCUUUACCUUUCCCCCGACUCCUCCCAAAGACGUGUCUCCGGACCCCGGCAUCUCCACGGGCUCAGGCGGGUCGGUGCGCCCGGAGGAUAAAGAAUGCAUUAAGUACCAAGUGUCCCUGGCCGAGAGUAUGAAACUGGAGUCAGCCCAUAGUCGAAGCAUGGCAUCAAUCGGAGCGGGUGGCUCUUCCGCCCACCACCCCAUCGCCACUUACCCAUCCUAUGUGUCCGAUUACGGCCCAGGCCUCUUCCCACCAAGUAGCCUCAUAGGUGGGUCUACUUCUAGUUAUGGUUCCAAAACAAGACCAAAAACAAGGUCAUGUUCAGAAGGUAGAGAGUGCGUUAACUGCGGAGCCACAUCCACACCGCUGUGGCGAAGGGACGGCACCGGGCACUAUUUGUGUAACGCCUGCGGCCUCUAUCACAAGAUGAACGGGCAGAAUAGGCCCCUGAUCAAACCCAAGAGGAGGCUGUCUGCUGCCCGAAGAGCAGGGACCUCAUGCGCGAACUGUCAAACGACCACUACGACGCUGUGGCGGAGAAACGCCAACGGGGAUCCCGUCUGCAAUGCGUGCGGGCUUUACUUCAAACUGCACAAUAUCAACCGGCCACUCACCAUGAAGAAGGAGGGCAUCCAGACCAGGAACAGGAAGAUGUCCAGCAAGUCCAAGAAGAGUAAAAAAUCUCACGAGAGCAUGGACGACUUCUCCAAGUCGCUGAUGGAGAAGAGCAGCUCGUUCAGUCCGGCGGCGCUCUCCCGCCACAUGUCGUCCUUCCCCCCCUUCUCCCACUCCGGUCACAUGCUGAGCACCCCGACGCCCAUGCAUCCUUCGUCCAGCCUGCCCUUCGCCCCACAUCACCCUUCCAGUAUGGUUACAGCCAUGGGCUAGACCACACUGACCCCGACACAGACACACACAGACACACAUGCACACACACACACACCCACCCACACACACACACACAUGCUCUCUUACCACCAUCCACACACACACACAUACACCCACACCCACACACACUCCUCCUCGGGUUCCCCCAACGCAGUGAACCCUUGACGUCGUCCCCCUCCUGAUAAAAAGCUGACCCCGAAAGGAAGAAGAACCAUCCGGAAACUACGGCAGCCUGGCGGUGCAACGCGUGGCGUCGUGACGGCCAGUGAGCUCGAGAAACCUCCCUCGGCCUCUGCUCUUCAGAAGUGACUCCUUUUUGAGAGAGAAAACAAACAAACAAACACACAAACAAACAACAACAACUUCUGUGACCUCUUGAACUUUGAACUCCUUCUUCAGCGCCUUUUUGA